AUGCCACACGUCUACAAUCUUAGCGAUUUAUAUCAAAUCGCUGGUGCACUCAUUAACAGCUUUCACACCCCAGUUUCAAUAACAGGUGCCAAUGCUCAGCUGGAACGAAAAUUGCUACAAAAAACACAUGAUGAACCAAACGAGCCCAUAUUAGGAUAUUAUUGUACUUGUAAAACCGGUUCCAGGACUUUAGGAAUAUGUGCGCACGUUCCGAGUGUUUUGUGGUAUCUUGGAUCAGUACCUGUCGAUGAACAGGUUCACGUCAAUGAAAAAGAGAAAGAUCGUAGCUUAGUUCCAUUUUGUCGAGGAUUGGAUCUGAUUCCUUCUUAUCCAAGUCUUCUUGAUUUGAAUCAGAUUGUGUUCAUAAAUGCGCAUCUUCCUCAGCAGUAUCAGUUGGAAUGGAGAUUCCUUUUCAGUUCUGAAAUUCAUGGAGAGUCUUUUUCAACACUCAUAGGAAGAAUAGUCAAUCAAGGACCUUCAGUUUUGAUAGUAGAGGAUAAGAAUGGAUACAUGUUUGGUGGAUUUGCGCCAGCAAACUGGGAGUUGAGUCCGAAAUUUUAUGGAGACGACAGUAGCUUCUUAUUCACAUUGGCGCCACGAAUGAGAGUAUUUCCAUCUACAGGGUACAAUCAACAUUUUCAAUAUCUCAAUUUGCAUCAGCAGACUUUACCAAACGGAUUAGCAAUGGGAGGUCAACAUGGCUACUGGGGUCUUUGGAUAGACAGCGAAUAUGGCAAAGGAGAAACAAGUCAAUCGUGCACAACCUAUACUGGUUAUCAACAGAUGUCUCUUUCAAAGGAAUUCACAUUCAGACACCUUGAAGUUUGGGGAUUGGGACAGCCUCCACCAACACCGCAAGAGAAGGGAGAACGAGUUGGUAUUCUUGAUGGAAAUGUAGAGAGCAAGGCUAUUCUGAAAAUGGCUGGUAAAACAAUGUAUAGUGAAUUUGUCAAAGAACCUCCACCUGUUUGAAGGGAAGGUCAAGAUGCCUUAUUUUUUAUCUAGUCUAUUAACAAAAAAUACAAGGUGAACUUGUAUCCAAGCAUUUAAAAGUCGUUAAAAAAUAUCUAAAGUUUAUGAUGGGAUUCAAUAAUAAAUUUGUUCUGGUAAUAAUUGAGGUAUUGAUAUGCAUUGGUGCCGAUUAUAUUUACAACUUCAAGUCAUAUGUUCUUAUCUAGUCAAAACUAACCUAAUAACACAAAUUCUAAAAUUGCAGGUAUGUAUAAUUAAUUGCAUACAAUUGUAAGAAGGGAGAAAGUGUUUCUUUCGUUAAUGAGUAAUUGUGGGUCGCUAUUUUAAUGAUACCUACUUAUUAAUUUCGCAUGUUAUGGUCACUAAAAAUUGUAUCACGUAUCAUCACUGUAUUGGUUUCAUUGGUAUUAAUAUCUAUAAAUGUGUGUAUCAUUGUAAAUCUAAAAUAUUUAUGAAACAGAAUAUAAAUAAAAUUAGUGAAUUACAUAGGACUUCAAAGAAAGCAGUCACCUACUGAUAUCCAGACAUCAGUAUAAAAAUGCAGGUUUAAAGUUACCUCUGAAAAAAUCAUGUUUUGUAAUAGGGUUUGCUAAAAAGUAAUUUCUUUUCAUUUUCUUUGAAAAAUCCAAUUGAAUUCAAAUAUUCCAUUCACAUAGUACACUAAAUGAAUGUACAUCUCCAUGUCACUAUGAGAAAAGUGGUUUUUGACAAAAAAACUGAAGGCAGUGGCUAGGUUUAUCUUCUCAAUAUUAGUCUACUUGAUUUAAUUGUAUCCAAUCCAAUUUAUUCGAGGCAUACAAGUUACUGAACUGAAUAAAUGGUAAUAAAUUCAUGAAGGAAAUAUUACAGAGAAAACUAAAAUUACUUAAAUUCAUGUGAUUUACUCGUGUCAUACUUACUGUAAAAAAACAAUACAUGUAAUAGAAAGCUUAUAUUACAAAAGUGUGGAUAUAAAAAUGAAAAUUAAAUUUUCAAAGAAACUAAAUUCACUGAAAAUUUAACAAUUCAAUGUCCCCUAUCAGAUUCAAAAACAGAAUUUUUCAUUCUAUGGCAAGUCUGUCAAUGAAAAGAUAAAGGUAAUACCAUUCCAUAUGUAUGAAUACUUCUCCAAUAUUUCGCUUUAAGGGUGGUGGUGAUUGAAUUGAAUUUGAUGAUUCAAUGAUUUCAAAAGCUGUAGGUUACAAAUGUAAAAAAUCUCUUAGCAAAUAAAAAUUAAGACAUGAUGUGAAAACUCUGUAAUGGCCUUUUCGUGCAUUAAAACAACUGUUUAAUGAAAGUAAUAUUGUGUCGAAGUUAUUUUCCAGGAUUUUUGGUUGUGAUCUACAGGGACAUAUAAAAGACUCAGUCGGAUUCGUACCUCCGUACCAUAAAGAGAAUGUGACACUUAGACCUAUCGUGAAUGCGAUAGGUUCACCAACU